CUCUGAAAACAUCACUAAUCCAGUAUUUCAGGUGGCUGUAGCCAGCCGCGACUCACUACCGCCGCGCAUCAACUACAGCCGAACCGACAGACUACGCUACCAGCCGAGGGAAAGAGACGGCAUUUCAUGCGCUGAAGUUAUGAAACAAGAGUGAAAUCCUUAGAAUGAACUCGGCAACUCAUAAGUAAUAUACGACUGGAUAAACUAUACAUAUUUCUACUUCUGUGGUCAACUAUUACUUCCGCCGUCAAACCGCGUCAACGUCCAGAUGAUCUCUUUCGCGAGUUUCUUAUAAGCUAUAAAGGAUAAUAUUCAUCAAUAUAUUUUUUUGUGGAAUUGAAGCAAGCCCAAGGGACUUUGGUUCAUUCAUCUCUUUGAUGAGAAAGGGACGGCUAUACUUCAUCCCAGUCUAGUCAUGGCCACUCAUCCUACCAUGACACACACCUGACCAGAUUCUGGAGGAGACAGACACACAAAAGGGUUCCUGUCCUGUACGAUGGUGAGGGAGGCCCGGGCAGCACAUCCAGCCGGAGGUCUGGCGGCCAUCUUCAGUAGAAAUCCUGCCUCAGCUCUGCACUUGCCCGGAGAGGAGGGCACGACCUCUUAUGGGUGGGGUCUCUAAAGGGUGGGGCUGAUUCCUCUCAGCCAAUCAGAAUUAGCAGGGCAGCAAUGACCAUAUGCUCCCACAGAACGUUGGCUGCUACACACUUUCUGCUCAGGCAUUUGGGCGGAAGGCUACAACAACAAUAACAAGCAAAACACUUCUCUCUUCUCCUGGGAUUUGUUGACUCUGAGACUGUGUGAGAGCUGGGUCAUUCAGCAUUCCAGUUCCCUCCCCUCUCCUCCCCACACACACACACACACACACACACACACACACACACACACACACACACACACACACUGCGUGCCCUCCCUCCAGCGGUGACUGCGGGCUCUCAUGUGUGCCCACCCUGGCACAGCUGCCAGUGGAGUGACGUAGCCUCCGCCCCGUCACCUCUGACCCCUGACCCCGGACCCCAAUGGCAUUUGUAAAGUUCUUCAGGCGGCCCCGGGGGGGCAACCUGGCCAAGUCCUACCAGCCUGGCAGCAUGCUCUCGCUCGCCCCCACCAAGGGCCUGCUCAACGAGCCCGGACAGAACAGCUGCUUCCUCAAUAGCGCAGUGCAGGUACUGUGGCAUCUAGACAUCUUCAGGCGGAGUCUGCGGCAGCUUCCCAACCACUACUGCCUAGGAGACUCGUGUAUCUUCUGUGCGCUCAAGGGCAUCUUCAGUCAGUUCCAGCACAGCCGUGAGCGGGCGCUGCCCUCUGAUAACCUGCGCCAUGCCCUGGCAGAGACCUUUAAGGACGAGCAGCGUUUCCAGCUCGGCUUCAUGGACGACGCCGCAGAGUGCUUCGAGAACUUGCUGGAGCGGAUCCACCUGAACAUUGUUCCUGACGCAGAGACAGACUCGUGCACCUCCAGGUCCUGCAUCACGCACCAGAAGUUCGCCAUGACACUCUACGAACAGUCUGUGUGCCGGAGCUGUGGAGCCUCCUCUGACCCGCUGCCCUUCACUGAGCUGGUCCACUACGUCUCCACUACAGCCCUCUGUCAGCAGGCGUAUGAGCGGCGAGAGGAGCGUCUGCGUUCGGAUGACAUGUUCGGGGAGCUGCUCCAGGCUGCCAGCACCAUCGGGGACCUGAGGAACUGCCCAAGUAACUGUGGCCAGCGUAUAAAGAUCCGGCGUGUGUUGAUGAACUCUCCUGAGAUUGUCACCAUCGGGUUCGUCUGGGACUCAGAGCAGUCAGAUCUCACAGAGGACGUCAUCAGGGCCCUGGGCCCCCACCUCAGCCUCUCUGGGCUCUUCUACCAAGUGACGGACGACCAGGCUAAGCGUAGUGAUCUUCUGCUGGUGGGGAUGAUCUGCUUCUCCAGUCGCCAUUACUGCACCUUCGCCUACCACACCAAAUCAGCCAAGUGGGUCUUCUUUGAUGACGCCACCGUUAAAGAGGUGGGCUCCAGGUGGAAGGACGUGGUGGCUAAGUGCAUUAAAGGCCACUUCCAGCCUCUGCUGCUGUUCUACUCCAACCCUGAUGGGAGCGCCAUUGUCUCCGAUGACCCCGCCCAGCAGAGACCCACCAGCGCCUGGAGCCAUCACAAGAACCCCACCAAUGGAGACGCCACAGACGUUCCUCAGGCGCCACUGAAGAAGCUGGAGCUCACACGGGAGAACGUGAGUGCUCUGCUGUCUGGAAACGGAACCCUGAAGGUGAAGACGCCGACGUCACUCUUCAGCCGAGGGAACAACCAGACCAGCGGGGGCCGAGGACCCGUGAAAGUGUCGAGUGAGCCGCGGAGCCGCUUCCAAGAGUUGUCCAGGGAAGUGGCACAGCGGGCAGGAGAGCUGAGGGGUGCCAACCUCGCCAAGAAGGAAUCGGCGAGGUCAGAGAGGUCAGACCGGUCAGAGAGGUCAGAGAGGGCACACAGACGCCACGAGACGCUACGCAACCGAGAUGUGCACCAGGAGAGGGCGCUGUCACGGUCACUCUCCCCUCCAGAGAACGGCUUCCGGCAGCACGUGGAGCAGCGGCUGUACAGCAGCCAGGGCCGAGGACCGAUCCGUGUGGAACGCCUUCCCCACGAGCCGCGCUCACAAUCGCAUGAACCUCGCACAAACACACACGACCAGAGCUCACACUCGAACUUGCGGCUGCCCCUCCCCCUCCCCCACAGCAGUUACAGCUCCAGUUCCAGCAGAGGGGCGGGGCACUACAGCCGGAGGGCGGAGCAUGCUAACACUAAUGCUAACGGCUAUGAUACCGAUAGCAGCCAGGACUCCCGCGAUCGGCAUGGUUACAGCCACAGCAGCCGGGCCAACCGCGCCUGGCGUCCGAUGCGUGAGGCGCUCAACGUCGACAGCGUGAUGAGCGGCCAAGAGAGGCGGGGUCAGCCAUCUGCGCAGCAGGGUAGCCCCCGGCGACGACCGUCCAAUCACGAGAGGCCACUGGAGCGCGAGCGCGACUCUGCCGACCUCUGGGUUCGGGACGAGCGGAAGCCAAAGAACCUGAUGACCAUCUACGAGGACGAGCAGCGCACGGAGCUGGGCAGCCGCAGCUCGCUGGACUCGGACGGACGCGGCGCCGCCCAGGACGAGCGGCCCAAGGGCCAGAACAGCCUGCAGGUCCGCAACGAGGCCUGGAAGAUCCAGCGCACCGAGUCCGGCUACGAGAGCAGCGACCGCCUCAGCAACGGCUCCGCCAACCUCGACUCGCCGGUGGUGGAGGGCUUCGGCUCCAAGGACCUCUGGCCAAUCCCAGAGCUCCACACGCCACGGGACUCCCAGAGACAGUAUGAUGACUCAAAAGCAGAGAUCCUUCAUGCUGCGUUCACCUACGGCCAGCAUCCUGGCAAAUCACACGACCUUCAGUCCAGUCCCAGUUUACACAGGCGGCGAGCGUUCCGGUACACCCCUAGAGGUGUGGAGCAUCAUGAUCAUGAGGAGGAGGAGGAGGAGGAGGUGGACGACCCAGUGCAGCCCCACCUGCCCAAGACCAGCAGCUCCGAGUGCAACAGCUCCGACGAGCUCACCGGCCCCUCAUCCGAGCUGGAGGAUCCCUCGCAUCACUAUGACGACACCUCGUAUCGCUCCAGCAACUCUUCGCAUCGCUACGACGACGCAGCUCCUCUCGUCGCUCGGCACGCCUCCUCCUCUUCCUCCUCCUCUUCCUCCCACCGCUCCAUGGCCACUCCCACUCCUCCCAAACCCCACCCCAUCUCCCCGGGGUUGGACAGGAUCAACCGCAAUGGACGAUGGGCGGAGUCUGCAGCAGAGCCCCGCCCCCUGUCGUCCGACGGCAGCUUGCGGUCGGGUUCCGGUUCCACGGCCAGUGAGGGGGAGGAGCGGCUGGACUCUCCCUCCCCCAUUCCCCCUGAGAGGGCGGGGAUGGGGCUGCCCACCACCUAUUUCUCCGUGGAUACCUGCAUGACGGACACCUACCGCGCCAAGUACCACAAGCGCACAAGGCCCGCCCUCUACAUGAUGGCCGACGCCCAAGGGGAGGAGCCAAUCUCGUCUGGGGAGAGUGACCGUGGAGAGGGGGGGAGCCCCGCCCCCUCAGAUACACAACCGUCUGACCCCCCCAGGCCCAAACCUGAAGCAGGCUACACCAGCAGCAAACCGGCAGCCAAGUGGAACCCUGUGUCCUUUAAAGGGCUGGAUGAGCACGGCUUCCUGUGAACACACACACACACACACACACACCUGAAGGGCUCAGAGGUAACCUUCACCUCCCAGCAGCAUCCAUGACAUCAUUACAAUCCCGUAUUUCAGCCAAUGUCCCUGACCCGCCCCCUGCAGGUGUGUGAGAGGGUGUGUGUGUGAGUGUGAGAGAGAGAGAGGCUGUAGAUGUGGGCUUGGAUGCCAAAGAACAGAGAUUCCCUUGGGCUUCUCCAUCUACCAAAACACCUGGAUGGGCUUCAACUUCUAAAACAGCUGGAUGGGAUUCUCCAUCUACUAAAACACCUGGAUGGGCCUCUCCAACUACUAAAACAGCUGGAUGGCCUUUGCCAUCAACUAAAACACCUGGAUGAGAUUCUCCAACUACUAAAACAGCUGAAUGGGCUCCUCCAACUACUAAAACAGCUGCUGCUGCUCAGAGGACCUCAGGACGUUUGCACAUCACCAUGGAAGAGCGAAUCAAACCCACUUUGGUCAAAGUUCCUUAAACUGUACGAAUAUUGGAAGAGCUUGUUAAGAUACCAGUGAUUGAAACAAGUCACUAUGAACCAUGUUCACACUGCUAAAAAGCCAGUCGCCCAGUCACCCUAGGUACAUGAGGAGCAGCUAACCCCAACCCUUCCCUUGGGUUGAUGCUAUGGAGUGUGUGCAGCUAACCCCAUCCCCAUCCCCAACCCUUCUCUUGGGUUGAUGCUAUGCACCCCAUUUUGCUCCAUCAGCAUCAACCUAUUCCAUUUCCCGUGACAGACUGAAUCGUAUAAUGGAGGAAUUUGACCCAGACACCAAAACAAACAUAUAGGGAAUAACCCCAACACUACCCUUAACAUAAUGCCUCCAACGCCACCCUAAACAUAUAGGGAAUAACUCCAACACCACCCUUAACAUAUAGGGAAUAACUCCAACACCACCCUAAACAUAUAGCGAAAAAAUACCCCCAACACUACUCUUAACAUAAUAACCCCAACACCACGCUACACAUAAUAAACCCAAAGAUUUAAAUCUAUUCCCCUUUUUCACAGGGAAACCUGGAAUUGAUCAACAUUCUAGCACUUAUCAAUCUAAUGACCCAAUCAUGAUUCUGAUUCAGUUAAUCUAGUAUGAUUCUGAUUCUAACGACCCACUAAUUAUUUUGACUGAAUAAAUCUGAUUGUAGUGGCCUAGUAAUGAUUCUGAUCUGAUUUUACUGCCCCAGUGGUGGUUCUGAUUCUAUUGCCCCAGUGGUGACUAAAGUGUCUCCUGCAUUGUAACGUGCUGCUGGACUGUGUGUGUGUGUGUGUGUGUGUGUGUGUGAAGAAGCCCAGAGCUGUUGAGGUGGUCCCCAAUGACAUGCUCAGCUGAUAGUUACCCACCCCCCAUCUGCUGCCUAGGACCUAAAGGCUGCUCACUCCCACUUGUCUGCUUGCCUUCCCACAUGUAUAAAUAGAUCUUCCAGCUUUCUGACCUCAUCGGAUGAUUUUGUACUGUUCCUUAUGAUGGUCUUCCCUCCUCUUCUUUGGGUCGACAAACUCUUUUUCUCUUCAGAAGAUGAGAUUUCAGAUCUAGACAUGUUCGGCUCUGUUAUUCCUCUGAAGAUGUACAUUUCUGGACCUUCACUAAAGUUACAUGGGCUGGGGUUUGGUCAUGUUGUUCAGCUUGGGAUGGUUUGGCUGUAUAUUUGGCAUAUUUUAUUUUUGUUAAAUAUGUUUGAUAUAUUGCUGUAACUGAUCCUGGACAGUGCCUUAUUUUGUAUGUAAAGAUGAUUUAAAAUAGGUGUCACCAUUUGUAAAAAUGUGUACCUUUUUAGAGGCUUUUGUAUAACAUUUAAUUUCAUUUUUAUUGAUUAACAGCUGUUUAAUAAACUAUUUUAUUUAAUCAUA